GAGAAAACCCCAACACCGGCAAGAACCCGCCGCCUCUUGCAAUCCCUCUGCUCAUCUCGCUCGAAUCCGCCGCCGCAUUCCUCGAAUCGUGAGCCCCGAACCGCACGUUUGCGGGAGCAAGGAGGAGGAGCAGGAUGGCCGGGAAGGGAGGGAAGGGGCUGAUCGCCGCGAAGACGGCAGCCGGCAUGGACAAGGAGAAGAAGCAGCCCGUCACCCGGUCCUCGCGCGCCGGCCUCCAGUUCCCUGUCGGGCGUAUCCAUCGCCAGCUGAAAGAAAGGGCCCAGGCCAGCGGCCGGGUGGGAGCAACCGCGGCUGUGUACUCGGCAGCGAUCCUGGAGUACCUGACAGCAGAGGUGCUUGAGCUGGCUGGGAACGCGAGCAAAGAUCUCAAGGUGAAGCGCAUCACGCCCCGCCACCUCCAGCUGGCGAUCCGCGGGGAUGAGGAGCUGGACACCCUUAUCAAGGGCACCAUCGCUGGUGGUGGUGUCAUCCCCCACAUCCACAAGUCGCUCAUCAACAAGACUGUCAAGGAAUGAACGCCAUCUAUGGUUUUCACUGACUGUUUGCGCUGUUAGUUUAGGGUCCUGGUCCUGAGAAGUUUGAAUGAACAUGGUAACCUAUAUGAAAAGAACCUGGUAACCUGAGAAAUUUCAGACCUGUUAUGC